AUCUGUGGAGAAGUACUAUUUUUCUCGGAUGGUUACUAGGUGGCCACUUGGAAACUGGCGCAAGCGUGCUGCGGGUGAUGGCCAUUGGAAGGCAUCAGGCAAGGACGUGCCCAUAUUUAGCAAAGGCAUCAAUGGUAGAGUUCCUUUGAUGGUUGGGUUGAAGAAGACCAUGGUUUUCUACCGCGGUAAGGCGCCAUUUGGUGAGAACACAGAGUGGGUCAUGGAAGAGUACAGGCUCGCUGAAGCUGGCCUCAAGCCCAGUCAUGUGAUGAGGCCAAGAGAGGGCGGCAACUUUGAAUGCGCCUGCACUGCAAGAGCCAUUGCAAAGAAAAAUGGUGAGCUGUCUGAAGCACUCCGCAACACCAUUGCAAGCCUUAAAAAGGUUCCUGUUAUGGUAAACCCAGAUGAUUCCUGGGUUGUUUGCCAUCUUUAUAAGAAGAAGAAGAAGUGCGCCAUGCCACGCCUCAUCGCCCAGAGUUACAACGUUGCAGGAGGAGGGCAGGUCCCCUUCUUCGACUUCAUUGGGCAGGGUAACCCUGAGAGGGCUGCCAGCUCAAGUAGCCUCACCGGAGCCCCUUCAGAGGAGAACGAUGACACAGAUGGCAGCACCUCCGGCGAGGGCAAGUGAUUGAUCGAGUAUGGCAGCCAUGGUGGAAGAGUGAAGCAGAAUAAUAACUAAAAUAUAAUAAAGCGUUGGUGUCCAGUUCUAAAUGACCAUGGCAUGUUGUUGAAGUUAUUUUGUUUCAAGUCAAGCAUCUGUGGAUUUAG